GGGAGCGACGCGAGCAUGGAGAAGUCGAGUAGCGAGGAUUCUUCGAUCCACCGGAGUCCAUCUUUGGACAGCAAGGACUCGGACUUUGCCAAGCCGUCCACCUCGGGCCGCCCGUUUGGCCGCGGCUUCACGGCCGGCGCUUUCUACGGCACCGCGGGCUCCCGCGGCCAGAGCCGCGCCGAGGCUGGCGUGAAGACUGACAAGUACAAUGCACCCAGAGGCAGCAAGUACGUGGUGUUUUACCUGGACCUGUCCUUUGUUUUCCUCCUAGAAUUUAAGAAGUGCAACAUGGCCAGGGGCUGCCUCUGCUGCUUGAAGUACAUGAUGUUCCUCUUCAAUCUGAUGUUCUGGCUCUGUGGCUGUGGGCUGCUCGGAGUGGGCAUUUGGCUCUCCGUGUCCCAAGGCAACUUUGCCACCUUCUCCCCCAGCUUUCCCUCGCUGUCUGCAGCCAACCUCGUCAUUGCUGUGGGCACCGUCGUCAUGGUGACGGGCUUCCUGGGCUGCCUGGGGGCCAUCAAGGAGAACAGGUGCCUCCUCCUCAGUUUUUUCAUCGUCCUGUUGAUCAUCCUCCUGGCAGAGCUGAUCCUGAUUAUCCUCUUCUUUGUCUACAUGGACAAGGUGAACGAGAACGCCAGGAGGGACUUGAAGGAGGGACUGCUGCUGUACAACUCGGAGGACAACGUGGGGCUUAAGAACGCCUGGAACAUCAUCCAGGCCGAGAUGCACUGCUGUGGUGUCACGGACUACAGGGACUGGUACCCAGUGCUGGGGGAGAACACGGUCCCCGACCGCUGCUGCAUGGAGAACUCCCAGGGCUGUGGGCGCAACAGCACCACCCCGCUUUGGAAAAAGGGCUGCUACGAAAAGGUGACCAUGUGGUUUGAUGACAACAAGCAUGUGCUGGGCACCGUGGGGAUGUGCAUCCUAAUCAUGCAGGUCCUGGGCAUGGCCUUCUCCAUGACUCUGUUCCAGCACAUCCACCGGACUGGUAAGAAGUACGAUGCCUGAGCUGGCUGGCCGAGCGCCCCGGCCCCACGUGGACACUGUGCCAGGGAAGAGUUCAGCUUUGUGUUGCCUGCCCGCACCCUCCAGACUGCUGACCCCUGUGCCCGCCUCCCCAGCCCGCCUCCCCCGCCACCCCCCGCAGCCUUUUCGGUGGGAGGAUGCUGGGGAGGAGGAGGCGCAGAGACUUGGGGUGCCGGGUUGCCCGAUUCCUGCAUCUGUGUAUUUGCCAAAGAAGACAGGGUGGGCGGGGGGCAUGCUCUAGGAGCCCCCAGCACUGAGGGUUUCUGCCCUGCCCUUCCUCAGCUGACACUUUGUCCCCAUGUGGGGGGAUCGCAGCGCCUCCUCCUGGUGGAGACGCUGCCCAACGGAGGCCCCUGGCGCUCACGGCCGCCCGAAUUGAGGAGAGUGGGUGUGCUAGUGGGGCUGCGGCUGACCGCCUCUGGGCCAGGACCCUGGGAGCAUCUUGCCCAGGCUUUUUAUACCUUUAGUGUAACUUUUUUAUUUUAUUUUACUCUGAUUACGAUUAUUCAGGAAUACUCUCAGAUAAGUUUAGGGUUAGCUUUCUGAUUUAUAACUUUUUACUGCGUUGAUUUCUGUAA